AUGGGAGACGACAACAAACCUUCAGAGCAAGUCUCUGUCAGUGACAAGGGGGUCGGGAGUAUCGUGCAAGAUCCGAACACCAACCGACUUGCUUUAGCUCAAGCAUUAAGCCCAGAAGACUUUGCAGCAGCUGAAGCUUCGGUCAAGAAAAAGCUUGAUGUAAGACUUUUGCUGACGGUCUGGGUCAUCUUCAUCAUGAAUUAUUUGGAUAGAAACAACAUUGCCGCAGCCAAAGUGUCGGGCAUCAAGGAGAGCUUGGAGCUGUCUUCUACCCAGUAUUCGACCGCAGUGGCUGUCCUAUUCGCCGGCUACGUGUCCAUGCAGAUACCAUCGAACAUCUUCCUCACACAACUUCGACCAUCGAUCUACAUUCCGACCGUAAUGGCUAUCUGGGGAAUACUUUCAUGCUGCACAGGAGUUGUCAAGGGUGUUGGUGGUCUUUACGCGUGCCGAUUUUUCCUCGGAGUUGUUGAAGCCGCGUUCUACCCUGGUGCUCUGUUUCUAAUCUCGUCAUGGUACCGGCGCUCUGAGCUUGGAGUCAGGUGUGCGAUCCUCUUCUCUGGCUCUCAGUUGGGAAGUGCAUUCUCCGGCCUCAUUGGCGCUGGCAUUCAGCAUGGUCUGGAUGGUAAGAGAGGAAUGGAGUCAUGGCGCUGGCUCUUCAUUAUUGAGGGCAGCAUCACAGUCUUCAUCGCCUUGUGCGCCAUGCUCAUCCUCCCAGACUGGCCUUCCAACACCAAAUGGCUCACACCAACGGAGCGAGCCGUCGCUGAAUGGAGACUGAUCUGUGAUGCGGGACAGGUCGAUGAGGAUGACGAGGCCUGGAGCUAUGGCUUCAAGAUGGCCUUUGUCGACUGGCGUCUCUACCUGUUCGCCUUCAUGUUCCUUUGCAUCCAAGUCGCCAGUGCUACGUCCAACUUCUUUCCCAGUGUCGUCGAGACGCUCGGUUUUAGCAAAGUCAAUACUUUGCUUCUCACCGUUCCGCCUUACAUCAUAUCCCUAACCGUCACGAUUUUCAACAACAAGUCCGCGGACCACUUUCACAACUCCUCCUUCCACGUCAUGUGGCCCCUUGCGAUGGCCAUUGUUGGAUUCGUUGUGGCCGCUGCAACUUUGAACACGGGCGCCAGAUACUUUGCCAUGAUCCUCAUGGUUGUUGGGGGACACGGCUCCAACGCUGUCGUGGUUGCAUGGACACAGAAGACCAUGCUCCGGCCCCGUGUUAAACGUGCUGCCGCUGUUGCAUUUGUCAAUGCGAUUGGAAACACCUCCCAGGUCUUCAGUUCUUACCUCUAUCCUGACGAGUCUGCCCCUCGGUACACUCUGGCCAUGUCAGCCAACUCGGCCUUCGCCCUGGUUGGCAUAUUCAUGGCAUUACUCAUUCGAUUAGUCUUGCAGAAGGCGAACCGAGAUCUGGAAAGGGGCACGCGUUCUAUUGGAGAGGUCAUGGUUGGCGAAGCGGCUACAGAAAUUUCUGGAAUUACUGAAGAAGAGCGAGAGGCACGGAAAAAUGGGUUCCGUUACAUCACUUAA